UGCUCGCAUUUUCACGGAAUCCAAUCGUAUGUUGUGAUUUGGUCACGUGGCCUGUCAAGCGGGAGUUUGCAAAGCCCAGAAGCCAGCGUUUUCAAAGUCAAAUUAUUCAUGUUAUUAUAAUGUCUGGUCUUGCAGAGUCUAUUCUAGAAACCCAAAACAAUUACGAACAAAGGUUCAACUGUGCUGUGUGUUUGUGUCCUAAACUACACAUGGUUUAUGGGUACUGCCAACACCACUUCUGUGUUGACUGUCUCUAUGAUGCAGGAGGAAACAUAAGAACAAGUAUGAUAAAAUGUCCAACUUGUCAAAUGGACAGCGCUUUCCCCAAGACCAGACCUGAUAUUCCUGAUGACAAUCUGGAGAUGAUGAGAUGUCUGGGUGUACAGUUGUGUGAGAACAAGGGUUGUGAUGUGGAACUGUGGCAGUGGGAACUAGAAGACCAUGUCAGGUCCUGUCCAAACAGAGUGGCCACACCUAAAACACCAUACAGCAGACAUCGCAUAAAACCAGAGAGUAGCAAGAGCACAAAGAAGGCAAAGAAAGAAUCAGUAGACUCUCCUCCAACAACAAGACAGUCAGGAAACGUUGUGUUACGGAGACUGCGAUCCUUCAGACGCUCCUCCUUGUUAUGACAUGGAUUGAGGAGUUGGCAGUAGACAGUUAACUUAUUCAGUAUUAUGUAAAUACAGACUUCCUUCCAAUUUGCCUGUGUGCAAUGUGUUACAGUGUGUUGGUAAAUAAUUAAUGGACCAAGGACAGUUAAGCAGUGCUAUUGGAUAUGUAUGAAUUUUAUUAUACACAUGUAUUAUGUGUGUGAAUAUGCAAAAAUCAAAAAUAAGACUUGGCAAGUCAGAAGCUUUUAUGCUGAUGAUUGCUUUGAUAAUUAAAUUGUACAUGUUAUGGCGUUCAAAAGAUCAGCAGCAGUAUUGACCAUGUGGGCUGAAGAAGAAUACCAAUAUCUGGUUGAGAUUGACCAGUUACUCGGACGUGUGUCAUGAGGAGUAGGUUAUCGUGAUGUAUGUUGCAGUUGUGUUCAAAGCCUAAACUAGUAAUAGUUUCCGUAUCAUGCCUGAGGGCAGUAAUGGAAACUAUUAUGUGCCAGUGUAUAUAAAGAUGAAAAUUGUCUCCCAUUGCACCAAGUCUGGACAGGGAUUACCCAAGCCAACAUGAGGGUCAUUACCUUACUGCAUCAAGUUUGGAAGUCUGGGGAACAGCAACUAUGUCUUGUUUUAUACUUUAUUAAAUACUGAUGUAUUGGAUAUGGAGACUUCCUUCAAGUUACAAUCUCAUUAAAAUCGGAUCUUAGUUCUCAUUAUUGCUGAACAAAGCUCUCAGGACAUUCCAUUACGGGUCACAUCAGAACGACCUUUCAUCCAACCAAUCAAAGCGUCGCUUACCAGAUCAUGAAAGUGAUAGUCGGAAUGUGUUUUCUAAUCAUGCAACCUCGAAAACGUGA